AUGAUUAAUGAGAAUUUAGAUGACAGUUUAUGCUCACCGGAUAUUCUUAAUGGAAUUAAAGCUUCAGGUUUGCCCAACCAUAGGUUAGUGUUGAAGGUAGGUGUUCCGGUUAUGCUUCUUAGAAAUAUUGAUAAAAAAAGUGGACUGUGUAACGGAACUCGAUUAAAGGUGGUCUAUUUGGGUCAGCGUGUUAUACAGGUAGAGAUUAUAUCCGGAAGUCACAUUGGAGAUCGUCAUUAUAUUCCUAGAAUUACGUUGAUACCUACAGACAAAAAACUUCACAUUAAGUUACAAAGAAGACAAUUCCCGCUUGCGGUAUCUUUUGCAAUGACCAUAAACAAAAGUCAAGGACAAUCUCUCUCCAGAGUUGGUUUGUUUUUGAAAAAACUAGUCUUUACACAUGGUCAAUUGUAUGUUGCAUUAUCAAGAGUUACAAGACGAGAUGGCCUCAAAGUUAUUCUAAAUAGUGAUGGUAAUCUUUCAAAUACAACAUCAAAUGUUGUAUACAAAGAAGUUUUUAGAAAUUUGUAA